GGGUGUCUGUGUGGCGCGCGCGCGCGCGCGCGCGACGCAGACGCGUCGCCUGGUCUGUGCCCAAUCAGGGCGGAGGAGCGCGAAGGAGGCUCAAACUCCCGCCAAAUACAAGCGCGAGCGGCGGGAGGGGGAAGGGAGCGCGUCCCGAAGAGCCGGAGGGAAAACGGGGGGGUCCGCCGGGGACACGCGCGCGCACUCGCCCGCCUGCCUCUCUCGCGGGCAUGUCGUUGGGGAGGCGAAAGUCCUGAGGGGGGGUCUCUUCCCCGCGCCCUGAUUCCCCCACCCCGGGCGGCCAAGGUGGACGAGUGUCAGCAAUGGAGUGUCAAGCCAAGUCAGCAACUCCAGUGAGGAAGCUCAUACAAGCUCGGCUGCCUUUCAAGCGUUUGAAUCCCGUGCCAAAGGAGAAACUUGAAACUGGAGUAAAAAAAUCAAGGAAAUCUCAAAAUGUUCUUGAUCAGAACAACAUCCAGUGCCCCAGUUUGUCGCAUCUAUCGCCGGACGAUGCAGAGAACAGUUGCCAAGGGGAAACUGAAACACAGUUUAUUCCAAAACUUGUUAAUGGGAAGGGUCCCUUGGAUAGCUUUGUGCAGAAAAACAAUAAAAGUCUACCGUUACCCACUAUAGACUUGACAGAGGAUUCUCUUGAUGAACUGAAUGAGAGAGAUCGCGCCACGUCAGAAGCGGAAGAUGCAUUGACAGAGAAAGCUAACCAGGAGAUCGGAAGUGAGCCUAGUUCACAAAAACCUGUUUGCAGUAGCCAAGCGGAUGUUCUGGCCGAAACUGACCCUCUUGGUCCAGCUGCAGCACAUACAGGAGAAUCGCUGGAAGUGACAUUUGCAGAGACGGAUGUCAGCAGGGCCAAGGAGAGUGCACUCAAAGAUGUCCUGUUUCAGAGGAAAAUGCCUGUGGUUCUCUUGGAGGAUAUCAUGGCAGUCAGAUCUCUCCAAGCUGCACCUUUGGAAAGGAGCCCGCCUUCUGGAACUGGCCGUGUGGAGGACUCUGUGCCUACAGACUCCUCCUUCAGUUCCCUCUCGUCUACCAGCUCACCUGAGUCUCUGCCUGCCCAGGAGCGAGUGAGAGAUGCCAGUCCACUAGCCUCUUCAACACCUGUUCAAAAGGUGAAUCAGAAAAGCCAGCGGAGCGCUGCAGAAAAGGAGAAACUGAGGCUGCAAAGAGAUCAAGAGCGAGUGGAUAAACUUCAGAGGCUGCAGGCCGAACGAGAGGAGAAGGGGAAGCUGAAAGAGGAGGCCAGAGCUGCCAAAGAACGUUCCCGGGAGGAGGCGAAAAGGAAAAAAGAGGAGGAAAAGGAACUGAAGGAGAAGGAGAGAAGGGAGAAAAAGGACAAGGAGGAGAGAGAGAAGGCUGAAAAGCUACGAGCAAAAGAAGAAAAGCGGAAGGAGAAGCAGGAAGCACUGGAGGCAAAACUGGAAGAAAAAAGGAAGAAAGAGGAAGAGAAACGGUUGAAAGAAGAGGAGAAGCGCAUCAAAGCGGAGAAAGCAGAAAUCACUCGGUUCUUCCAAAAACCAAAGACCCCACCUGCUCCGAAGAUUCUUGCUGGCUGGUGUGGGAAGUUUGCUCCCUUUGAAAUCAAGGAGAAUAUGGUCCUUUCCCCGCUCUGCCGGGUGGCCUUUGACCAGGACCUUAUGGAUCAACUGGACUGCCUCUUACAAGCUCAGAGCUGCGACGCUCCUCUCUUGAGAGAACUGAAAGGUCGAGAGCCAGGCAAAUCCGGACCCACGCUCCUCCGCAGCAGUAGCCUUGACGUCAACAGCGAUGUGGUCAUAGUGGGUAGCAGCCAAACGGGAGAUGUCCCAGAAAGAAAGAAGUUUGGCCGGAUGAAACUUCUGCAGUUCUGUGAGAAUCACCGGCCUGCCUACUGGGGCACCUGGAACAAGACAUCUUCUUGCAUAAAGCCAAGGAACCCCUGGUCAAAAGACACCACCCUCCUGGACUACGAAGUGGAGAGCGAUGAGGAGUGGGAAGAGGAGGAGCCAGGCGAGUCCCUCUCUCACAGCGAAGGGGACGAUGAUGAGGAUGGAGGGGAGGAAGAAGAUGAAGAUGAUGGCUUCUUCGUGCCCCACGGCUACCUUUCCGAGGAUGAGGGGGUGAUUGAAGAGUGCGACCCUGAGAACCAGAAGGUUCGCCAAAAGCUGAAGGCCAAGGAGUGGGACGAGCUGAUCGCCAAGGGGAAGCGGCUGCGGGUCUUGCAGCCCACGACAGCCGGAUGCGUCUGGGAAGGCCAGGAGCGCAGCGGCUGCUCGAGCGCCGACUUGAAGCUCCUCCAGCAGUUCCAGGUGGCCAUCUUGGACGUCAGCCUCGGGGACGAGGAGCAGGCAGAGAAGAGUGAUAAGAAGAAGAAGACAAAAGACCAGCAAAUCUUGGGACAGCUGCUCCCACUGCUCCACGGGAACGUUAACGGAAGCAAAGUGAUCAUCCAAGAAUUCCAGCACUGCUGCCGCUUGGGGCUCCUCCCCGACAACCAUGGUACCGUUGCAGCUCCCAGCAGCAGGGAUGCCAGCCCCAGCACCCCCCAGGCCCAGACCCCCGUCCACGAAGGGAGCGGCGUUCCCUCCAAAGCCAGGCUGAAGCGGAUCAUCUCGGAGAACUCUAUGUAUGAGAAGAGGCCCGAGCACCGGAUGUGUUGGUACGUCCACCCAGAAGUCCUGAAGAGCUUUGGCCAGGAGAGCCUCCCUGUCCCCUGCCAGUGGAACUACAUCAGCCAGGUCCCUUCGGUGGGCAAGGAGGAAGGGGGCCACCCACCAGGAGUGGUGGCAACGCAGACCACCCCGGUCUCUGCAAAACGGAAGUCGGCGGGAAGCAUGUCCAUCACCAAGUUCAUGAAGAGACCGCGCGGCCUCAGACAGGCUGAACCCAUGGAGAUGGAUGGAUUUCAGGCAGACACGGAGGAAGAGGACGACGACGAAUGCAUCCUUGUGGACGGGCAGCAGAGCACAGGGUCCUGUGCUCCAGGAGCCCCGAUGGGCGAGAGGGAGGCAGGAAGCCGGAGGUCACUGGCACAGGACGCCUGCAGCUGUAUUGACGACCCAGCCCACUUGACUCGCGUUAUUUGAUAUUCGACUAACUUUACUGCUCUGUAUGUAUGUAGAAUUCCUUUAGACUAUUUUUAAAACUCUCAUGUCUUUUUUUUUGUACAAGAUACUUGAACCUGCUCUGUAUUCCUUGUAAAGAGAAGACAGCACUUUGUUCCGCUUCAGAUCCGCGGAAGCUGGAGAUGUAUUUUUAGAGGUUUAGCUGCUUUGGUUUUUUUUUUUUUAGCAAAAUACUACACAUAAUCUCUCUUUAAUAAAAGCAUUAUUGGAAUUUGGGAUGGAGGGCCCUUAAA